GGGCCAUGGGAGUCCCCAAAACUCUCAAACGACAGGGGGGAGACAGCUUCGUUGAGCAUGGAUAUCUACUCAAUGUCGGUUUCUAUUUUUUGCUGGGUUGCACAACCGUGUGAACAACAAGUCGUGCUUCGACCGAGGCUUGCACCACCACACAUAGGUCCACGGCGCACUACGGUUAUUUGCUGAUGUGGUUACAACUCUUGCUACUUGUGCCAAUCCGACGAUGUAUCCAGCAUCCUGAGUGCUCACUCAGUGGUUGUCAAGGCGGCCUGACUCGGCUUCUGUGCCGCAGGGACAGACGGAGGAGCGGCCCAUGCCGCGGAUCCGAACCAUGCAAUUACUUCAACUUCGGCACGGCGCCGUGGUCGUGCUCAAGAUUUAAGCUUGCCGUAACACUCUGACUCUGGAGUGAGCCGAGUCCGCGUCCAAGCACAUGGCAAGCUGGAUGUUGCGCACCAAUGCGUCCGGAAAAGGCGAUGAUGCCAACUGGGCUCAGUGGGAUCGACGACUCGUA